AGGAAUCUCUCUCUCUCCCUCCCUCUCUCCCUGAAGAGACAAGAGUGACAAAGUGCAUUUCUGUAAGAAAGAUUUUGUUCUCUUACCGUAAGAGCGCCAAGCGCAUCGUAAAGAUCGAAACUUUCGCAAGUCCCUCCGAUCCGACAAUGCAAAACCCGCCGCCGUCGCCCACCGCAACCACCGCCACCGCCGCCGCCGCCGCCGCCGCCGCCAAAGACCACCAGAGCCGGACCACCCUCUUCAUCAUCCUCGCCGCCUCCUUCUUCUCCCUCCUCUUCAUCUUCUCCCUCUCCUCCUCCCAGCCUUCCCCCGCCCCUCCCCGGCCCGACCCGUUCCUCUUCCCCAACUCCCAGUCCCACCGCCGCACCGCCGUCUUCCCCACCGAAUCCGGCGGUGGCGGCGGCGGCGGCGGCGGCGACUCCCCCGCCGCCCCCUCCGUCGCCUACUUCAUCUCCGGAUCCGCCGGCCACUCGGGCCGGAUCCUCCGCCUCCUCCACGCCGCCUACCACCCCAAGAACCACUACCUCCUCCACCUCGACCGCUUCGCCCCGCAGGCCGACCGCGACGCCCUCGCCCUCGCCGUCCAGUCCAGCCCCAUCUUCCGAGCCGCCCAGAACGUCGACGUCCUCGGCCGGGCCGACUUCGCCUACCCCAAGGGGUCGUCCCCGAUCUCCGCCACGCUCCACGGGGCCUCGAUACUGCUCCGGCUGGCGCCGCGUUGGGAUUGGUUCGUCAAUCUCAAUGCUCUCGAUUACCCGCUCGUCACUCAAGAUGAUCUGCUUCACAUACUGUCCUACUUGCCCAAGGAUCUGAAUUUCCUGAACCACACCAGUUACAUUGGAUGGAGAGAGUCUAGGAAAUUGAGACCGAUCAUUGUCGAUCCGGGUCUUUAUCUCACGGAGAAGACCGAGAUGUUCUACGCCAGUCAGAAGCGCAAUUUGCCCGAUGCGUUCCGGCUCUUCUCAGGUUCAACCUUUGCAAUUUUAAGCCGUAAUUUCAUUGAGCACUGCAUCCUGGGAACUGACAACCUCCCCAGGACUCUCCUCAUGUAUUUGUCAAACACGCCUUCAUCCCUCUCAAACUACUUCCCCACCAUACUAUGCAAUUCUCAUCAAUUCAAUCACACCGUUGUAAAUACUAACUUACAAUACACUUCUAACAAAUCCAUGAAGGGGGAAUAUCCUGAACUAGAUUCAAAUGAUUUUGACAAUUCGAUUAAGAGUGGAGCGGCCUUUGCCUCCUCAUUCCCAACAGAUGAAUCGGUUCUUGACCGGAUUGACCGAGAGAUUUUGGGGCGCUAUCCCGACAAAGUGGUGCCUGGUGGGUGGUGCUUGGGUGAAUCUAGAAACGACACCUGCUCAAUUUGGGGAGAUGCUGAUGUGUUGAGGCCUGGACCUGGAGCAAGAAGACUGGAGAAGUUUUUAGUCAGUUUCUUGUCAAAUGGUACUGUUCUGUCUCAGCAGUGUGCUGUGCUCGAUUGACACAGUCCCACUUGUCAAAGUCAUCGGAAGAACCUUGGGGGCCAAAUUUUUGUGACCAAGAUUCCUCGAUCUGCCAAUUCUUUUAGCUAGCAGUCAUCAUGGCCAUCGGCGUUUGGCCAAGAUUGAUAAUAUUAGUCGACAAAGGCAUACAACAUGAAAGGAUGGUUGUAGCCAACCUCAUUUAGCGUGAAGGGAUUGGUUUUUAUUCUUAUGAUGUGAAAUUCCACAACUACCUCUGCCUCGAUUGUCCAGUUUGUUCAGCCUGUUGGAGGUGGAAUGCUGUGCAGAUGUUCUGAUCCAAGGAAUGACAAACACGGUGAGCUACGCUUUGCCAUUUUCAUACUUAGGUGCUUUGCUUAGAGAGAUUAAAAUUUGGAACAUCCUUGUAAAGUUAACAUGAAGCAUUGGAUGAAGAUUGGUUGCUUGUAAGAAUGUGCUCUCUUGUCCACUUGUUGUGCAUUGAGUUUCUCUUGAGGCUUAUCACUGGUCUUUUCAUUGCUGGAUUUAGAAAGAUAGGAUUUUUCUAUUUGAUCCGAUGUCAAUGAUAUUGUUGUCAUAUAUCGACGUCUUUUUAUUUUUUUGGGGGUCAUGA